AUGUCUCUACAGAUCCCCCACCGUGAAAAGGCCAACGGCUCCCAAGCUGCCACCAAAGCUGUCAUUUUGGUUGGUGGACCAUCAAGAGGAACCCGCUUCCGACCAUUGUCGCUCGAUUUGCCAAAACCUCUCUUCGAAGUUGCAGGCCAUCCCAUUGUUUGGCACUGUCUCACCGCCAUCGCGAAAGUCCCCUCGAUCCAAGAAGUGUGCAUGAUCGGUUACUACGACGAGACCGUAUUCCGCGACUUUAUCAAAGACUCCUCAAAAGAAUUCCCUCAAAUUAAGAUCGUCUAUCUUCGAGAGUACCAAGCUCUGGGCACGGCAGGAGGCUUAUACCAUUUCCGGGAUGCUAUUCUCAAAGGAAGACCAGAACGCUUCUUCGUUCUAAAUGCCGAUGUGUGUUGUUCAUUCCCGUUGAAUGAUAUGCUUGCUCUGUUCGAGAGCCGAGAUGCAGAAGCUGUAAUUCUUGGUACACGAGUUGGUGAGGAGGCCGCAAGCAAUUUUGGGUGUAUUGUUUCGGAUGCCCAUACACGUCGGGUCCUACAUUAUGUCGAAAAGCCAGAGUCCCACAUUUCGAAUCUCAUCAACUGCGGUGUCUAUCUGUUCGCAACCGAAUGUAUCUUCCCUUCAAUUAAGAGUGCCAUCAAGAAGCGCACGGAACGACCGCGCCUCGUCUCAUACCCCUCCUCGGAAAACCUUGAGUCAUCGUACUUCCAGGAUGAGGAUGAUGAAGAAAAGAAAAACGAGGUACUCAGAUUGGAGCAGGAUAUUCUGAGUGAUUUGGCAGACAGAAACCAGUUCUUCGUACACGAAACCAAGGAUUUCUGGAGACAGAUUAAGACAGCUGGAUCCGCUGUACCCGCGAAUGCUCUGUACCUCCAGAAAGCUAUGCAGACGGGGUCAAAGGAGCUGGCGAAGCCAUCAGCGAAUAUUCUGCAGCCAGUGUUUAUUCAUCCAACUGCCACAGUCGACCCAUCCGCGAAGUUGGGUCCAAAUGUCUCUAUUGGCCCAAGAGCUGUAAUUGGUGCUGGAGCACGAGUCAAGGAGUCUAUUGUGCUAGAAGAUGCAGAGAUUAAGCAUGAUGCAUGUGUCUUGUACUCCAUCAUUGGCUGGAACAGUCGAGUUGGAGCGUGGGCUCGUGUUGAGGGUACACCGACUCCAGUCAAUAGCCAUACCACGAGCAUCAUUAAGAACGGAGUCAAAGUUCAAAGCAUUACCAUCUUGGGCAAGGAGUGUGGUGUUGGAGACGAAGUUCGAGUUCAGAACUGUGUCUGCUUACCAUUCAAGGAGUUGAAGAGGGAUGUUGCCAACGAGGUCAUAAUGUAA